CUUGCGCACGUCACAGGAAAUGUGAAUGGGUCGUGGCUCCGCAGCCCCAGCCAGCUCCCUCCUGUCACACACCUCACACUCAAUAAGCUACACAGAAGUUUCUAGUACCAGAGGACAGCGGCACCUAGGAGAGAGACAGGGACCUGCUGCCGAGGGGUUCUGAACAGCAUAAUCUAGCAGUUCGGAGAGCCUGCAGUGGUGGGCUCUGCACUGCACAGGGGGAGCCACCAGCUGGGAGAGCCUGCAGUGGUGGGCUCUGCACUGCACAGGGGGAGCCACCAGCUGGGAGAGCCUGCAGUGGUGGGCUCUGCACUGCACAGGGGGAGCCACCAGCUGGGAGAGCCUGCAGUGGUGGGCUCUGCACUGCACAGGGGGAGCCACCAGCUGGGAGAGCCUGCAGUGGUGGGCUCAGAGGAGUCCUAGUGCCUCCCUGUGUGCAGGUGGAUUUUGUCCAGCACUGGAGUGACUCCUGCCCUAGGCAGCCUGCCGCAGCAGGAGGGGUGACACUGCAGACUCUGCACAGCAUCUGCCGAGCUCUGAGGAGCCCUGUAGCGUCUUCGUUGAGAUGAGAGUCAAAUUUCUCUCCCUGCUGCAGAAGCUCAGAGCUGUCUGCUGAGGCCCCGCAGGUGCCCGGGAAGGAUGGGAAGUUUGCCCAGCAGGAGCAAGCAGCUUGUCAUUCAGCCCAGCCCAGCUGCUGCCAUGCAGGCCACUGCCCCCGUGCAGACAGGUCUGAACAGCUACGUGGCAGUUGCCUUGUGCUCUUUCCCUGCUGGGGGGCAGGCAGAGACCAUCCUGCGACCAGGCGAGCAGCUGAACGUCCUAUCUGAGGAUGGGGAAUGGUGGAACGUGGUGUCACUAGUCACCGGCAAGGAGUGUUCGGUCCCCAGCAGCCAUGUGGCGAAGGUGUGGCAUAGGUGGCUGUAUGAGGGCGUUAGCCGGGAGAAAGCCGAGGAGCUGCUGCUUCUGCCGUGCAACCACAGCGGUUCCUUCCUGAUCCGAGAGAGCCAGACCAGGCAAGGCUGCUACUCCUUGUCAGUCAGGCGCACCAACCUCUCCUCCUGGGACUCCGUCAAACACUAUCGCAUCAACCGCCUGGAGAACGGCUGGCUUUACAUCGCCCCACGCCUCACCUUCCCCAGCCUGCAGGAGCUGGUGGACUAUUACUCCGAAAUCGGGGACGGGUUGUGCUGCCUCCUCAAGGAGCCAUGCUUCAUCCAAGGAGCAGUUCAAGUCCCAGCCCAGAACCUGGCUCUGCCUGUGGUUGUCAACAAAUCGUCUCUCAACUGGCAGGAGCUUGACAGCUCGGCCCUGUUUUCAGAGGCUCCAGCCCAAGAAGGGGAGUCCCCUGUCAGCCUGGGCCUGCGAGAAGCCAUCAGCUCCUACCUCUUUCUGACGGAAGAGCUGCCCCCGGAGAAGGGCGAGAAGGGCCGUCUGUGGAAGAGCGCCUGAGGGUGCCAGGCCAGCACAUGGCGCCAGAGACGGCGGGGCUGCAGUCUCAGCCAAGCAAGCUGCUUCCCCAGCCCCUGAACUUUUACCCUCCACCCACCACAAGCACCAUAUAAAUUAUUGGCCUGAUGCCAAGUAAUUUAUUGCAGCAGUGCUGCUCUGAGCUGUCCUCCCACAGCUGGCCUUGUCUCAUGUUUGAACCCAGCUGGUUGGGUGGGGUGCUCCGAGUGCUUUGGACCUGACUCGGGCCCAUCUAGGUCUGGAUCCACUGCUCACCACAAGGAACCCAGCGUCUGCUGCUCAGAGUCACUCUCACCUCCAGUGCUGGCAGCUUUGGCUGAGUAAGCUGCUGCCUGGGAAUCCCAGCACACAAGCAGUCUCUGAGGACACCUUACUGGGCCCAGUGGCCAGAAGGAAAGGACUUGCUGGAAAGAGGAGUUUGGGGUGAAUUAUAAUGUACAGAGGCCCUGUUAUGUGCUGUGUGUAAGAGAGUUCGAUGCCAGUGCAUGUGACACUCUGACUGACUGGCCUUGCGUAACACUGAAUACAACAGACAGAGACGAGGCAGAAUCAGCCUGCGCCCCUCAGUCCAGACCUGCGUGCUCCAGACAUAGCGCUGCCAGCUCCAGGCCCCUCCGAGCACCAGCACCAGCCUGAGAGCUGGGGCCAUCGCCAACUGCAGGCUCCCGUGUUUGACAUCAGCCUGUCAUCAUGGGCCUGCAGCAGAGAAAGCUGAGUGCCUCUCCACACAUGCUGCAAAGACAAACUUGCCUAAAGCCAGGCCAUGCAACCUGGUAAGACACUGGCCCGGCCAAAGUGGUUCAUAAAGGGGCCAUGAGCCUGAGGCCAGGAAAUGGCUUCCAGCUACUGGGCUGUAGCUGUCAACUGAAAUAAAAUGCAAAUAUUGAAUAAC